AUGCUCGCUACGACUACCUUGAAGCCCGGCAUGGCUGCCAGAACAGCAUGGACCGUCACCGCGCGGAUGCAGCGAGCCAAGACAAAUCUCGGAAGACGCACCUUUAUCACGACACCAGUGCGGCUCUCACGGUCGCGGCAGAGCUACUCCAAGGUCUACAGGAGUGCGGAUGAAGCUGUCGCAGAUGUCAAGAGUGGCUCUACGAUUCUCAGCUCAGGCUUCGGACUGUGCGGCGUCGCCGACACCAUCAUUGAAGCCCUCAACCGCCGUGGUGUCGGGUCAUUGCAUUCCCUUACCGCCGUGUCAAACAAUGCCGGCAUAGAAGGCAAAGGUGGCCUGUCUACCCUCUCCGAGGCCGGGCAGGUGGACAACCUCAUCCUGUCCUAUCUCGGGAACAACAAGGCGCUGGAGAGGAAAUACCUCACCGGCGAGCUGGCAAUCGAACUCUGUCCCCAGGGAACCCUGGCGGAAAGGCUGCGAGCCGGAGGCGCGGGCAUCCCGGCUUUUUAUACCCCAACUGGAGCUCACACGCUGCUACAAGAAGGCGAGAUCCCGAUCAGAGUGGACGCAUCUGGCAAGGCGAUUGAACGCGGCAAACGCCGCGAGACCCGAGAGUUCAACGGCCGGUCAUUCUUGCUAGAGACGGCGCUCACGGGUGACGUUGCCAUUCUGCGAGCCUGGAAAGUCGACAAGGCCGGCAAUUGUGUUUUCCGAUAUACCACCAAGGCGUUUGGGCCGCUCAUGGCCAAAGCCGCCAAGCUCACCAUCGUCGAAGCUGACAACAUCGUCGAAAUCGGCGGCAUCGACCCCAACGACGUCGACCUGCCCGGCAUCUUUGUCGACCGUGUUGUGCCCGCCACGGCGGAGAAACGAAUCGAGAUCCUCAAGCUGCGCGACCCCGAGGCCGAGGCAGCGGCAAAGGACUCGUCGCCCAAGAAUGAAGCCCACGAGCGAAGGAAUCGCAUUGGGAGGCGAGCGUCCGAGGAACUGAAGCAGGGCUACUACGUGAACCUGGGCGUCGGCAUCCCUACCCUGGCGGCCACCUUCAUCCUGGAAGGUCGUACGGUCUGGAUCCAAUCUGAGAACGGAAUUCUCGGCAUGGGCCCAUACCCGACCAGGGAUCAGGUCGACCCGGACAUUGUCAACGCUGGCAAGGAGACGGUCACGCUAGUUCCCGGCGCGGCGUGCUUUGAUUCGUCCGAGUCGUUUGGCAUGAUUCGCGGUGGCCACGUGGAUGUGUCUAUCCUGGGAGCCCUUCAAGUCAGCGCCGACGGCGACCUCGCCAACUUCAUGAUACCCGGCAAGGUCUUCAAGGGCAUGGGCGGCGCCAUGGACCUCGUCGCCAAUCCCGACCAGACCAAGGUCGUCGUUGCGACCGAACAUGUGGCCAAGAACGGCACCUCCAAGAUUGUCCAGCGCUGCGACUUGCCGCUGACUGGCGCCAGGGUCGUGAGCACCAUCAUUACUGAUCUUUGUGUGUUCCAGGUUGAUCGCAAAAACGGCGGCUUGACCUUGACGGAGCUGGCGCCGGGCGUCGACGUUGCACAGGUGCGAAGCAAGACGGAUGCCAAGUUUGCCGUGGCCAAGAGUGUGAAGACGAUGAUGGCGUAG